AUGGUUGACUGUUGGGUCUACAUUUUCGACCGGUCGGAGCUUGGCUCGAUGCUGGACUGGCAGGCCGCCCGUUAUUCUGACCAAUGGCAUUCACUUCAAGCCUAUUGGUCGUUACAGCGCAUUGUUGUGGCUGAUAAGGCGGUUGUGGUGUUGGCUUGCCCUCGGCACAGAUGCAUACUCUCCCCAUUCCUUUUUAACUUCGUGAUCGAUGCAAUAAUGAGACGAACGCUGGAGGGUCUUCAAAACCCUGGUGUUCAAAUAGCCUGCGAGGAAAACCUUGUCGAUCUGGAAUAUGCAGACGACGUCGUUCUCAUGUUCGAAGAGGAGGAAAAGGCGCAAGUAUUCUUGGAUGAACUGACAAAAGUCAUCCCGUCCUUUGGAAUUUUGCAGGAAAAUGCCGAACAUUUUGAUUGUGAAGGUGAUGUGCACGAUGCGAUUGGUGGUCUUCUGAGUAGCUUUUCCACUGAGGUGUCUGAGAAAGAAGUGGACGAGUUGUGUUCCAGGAUCUAUGCGUUGAUGAGUUCGCAGAAUUUCAAGGACCAUGAGCAGACAUUAGAUGCUCCUGUACAUAUGGCCACCUUACUUGAUAACUUCUCCGACAAGGUCGCGGACAACAAUAGCAUUUGGAUGGCAAAGCGUGAUAUGUCUUCCGUGGUGGACCUCAAGAAGCUCGAGAAGGCUGAGGCCAAACUUAAAGAAAAGCAAGAGAAAAAAGGAUUGAACUCAAGAACUGUUGGAUCUUGUAGCACUAAUUCCAUAAAAUCUCUGGACAACGGGGAGGACGUCGCCACUGUUAGUCAGCAGAUCGAUAGACGCGACGUUCACUCAACUGUGGAUUCUUCUGGUCGAUUUGUUGGUGAUAUUCGGAUAGAAAACUUUGAUGUCUGUUAUGGAAGCAGGCGAGAUUUCCAGCUCCCACCUGGAUUACGGGUUCUCCAUGUGGAACAAGAAAUACCCGGCGAUUCAACGCCCGCGUUGGAUAGUGUGGUGCAAGCUGAUACAGAAAGAACCGCGCUGCUUUCCCAGUUGGCACAGCUGAAAGCAUGUGUUUCUUCAAACGGUUUAUCGGUACCGAGUGACAGUGCAACGGAGGAAGAAAAGAAAUAUGGCCAUCUCUUGGCGGAAGUUUACUCUCGACUGGCAGCCAUCGAGGCAGACAAGGCCCCAGCACGUGCGGCAGUCAUUCUCCAUGGCUUGGGCUUCAAUCCAGAGAUGCAGAAACGUCCAACCAAGGAAUUCUCAGGUGGCUGGCGGAUGCGGCUCUCUCUGGCACAGGCACUGUUCGCAAAGCCUGACCUGCUGUUACUCGACGAACCAACCAAUAUGCUUGACAUGCGUGCUUUGAUUUGGUUGGAAGAAUAUCUACGGUCCUCAUCAAACAUAAUGGUCAUCGUAUCUCAUGACCGCUCGUUUCUGAAUAAUGUGGCAACGGACAUUAUUCAUCUAACCUCCCGCCGACUCGAUGUCUAUCGUGGUAACUAUGAUGCGUUUGAACAAGCGCGUGCGGACCGUCUCCUUGCACAGCAACGUGAAUAUGAGGCGCAACAGGCCGAACGCGCACACAUUCAGCAAUUUAUCGACAAAUUUCGGUACAAGGCUAACCAUGCCCGGCUCGUUCAAAGUAGAGUGAAAAUGUUGGAACGUCUUCCGCAACUUGCAAUGCCGGAGAAAGAUCCGAAAAUCACCAUUCACUUGCCUAUCUGUGAUAAACUAUCCUCACCUGUCCUACAGCUUGACGAAGUUUGCUUCCACUACGUACCGGAAAAACCGAUCCUGUAUAAAGUCGACCUCAGUAUCUCUUCGGACUCCCGGAUCUGCAUUGUGGGAGAAAAUGGCGCGGGAAAGACAACACUAUUGCGCGUCCUCUUGGGGCAACUUGAACCAACCUCUGGUAUGCGUCACACACAUCGUGGUCUCCGUGUGGGCUACUUUAGUCAGCAUCAUGUGGACCAAUUAGAUUUGAGCUUAAACAGCUUGGAAUUUCUGAUGCGAAAAUUCCCCAGUCAAAAUGAGCAGACCUAUCGCUCUCAGCUGGCAGGAUUUAACAUCACGGACAUGUUGGCUCUUCAACCUAUCGGUAGUCUUUCGGGUGGGCAGAAGUCACGUGUUGCUUUUGCUGCCAUGUGCAUGUCCAAUCCUAAUCUUUUGGUUUUGGACGAGCCCACCAACCACCUGGAUGUGGAAACUAUUGGAGCUCUCUCGGAUGCUCUCAGAUCUUUCCAAGGCGGUGUUGUUUUAGUUUCCCACGACGAACGUCUCAUCGAAACCGUGUGCAACGAAGUCUGGGUAUGCACGCGAAUGGGUAAGGAUGUGGAUGGAACUAAAGGCAGUCGCGUUUACGCGCUCACGGACGGGUUGCAGCAGUACAAGAAAGCGGUUCGCAUGGAAUUGGAAGAAUUGACCAAAUAGGAAUGGUAUAUGAUUUCUGCAAUGUGAAACAAACUGAUACCUGUCUUCCACCAACUCAGUUGUCGUGUACAGCACUUCGAAUCAAAAUUGAACAUGGUUUCUAAUAUAGCAUGACUUGCACCUG